AUGGGGAGUAUCUCUGAUAAUGUCUACCUGCUCGGUCGAGAUGAGGCGGAGACUACCCGCCUCAACAACCAACAUCGCUUUCUCGUCGAAUUGUCCAGUCUCAUUCAUCCGUCUAUCACAAAAGAUCUGACAGCUGUCGCUGAUCUGGGUACUGGCACUGGGGUCUGGCUCGAGGAUGUCGCCGAACUCCUACCAAACAAAUCAGCAUACCUCCAUGGCUUCGACAUCUCCUCGGACCAAUACCCACCCGGCCACGAGAUCCCCCGACUCGGCCAAAAGCCCAUCCAAUUGAGCGUCCACAAUGCGCUGCACUCAUUCCCACCGGAGCACCAUGGCCGGUACGACCUCGUCCACAUCCGCCUUUUGACAGCAGGCCUGAAACAAGCCGAUUACACCACUGUACUUGUCAAUGCACGCGCUUUGUUGAAACCAAAUGGCUGGAUCCAAUGGGAAGAAGUCGACCACACAGCCUUCUGCACCGACGCCGUCCCGGAGCCAGCGGCAAUCAACGAUCUCCGCCAAUCCGUGAUCGAAGCCAUGCUCAGGCUCGGCCUAUGGCCGUUCGCCCCACAGCGCGUGUACGAAGAGAUUUCUGCGGGUGGCUUCGCUGAUGUGGUCCGUGAGACCUACACUACUGUUGGGAAGGACCAUAUGCGGGUGACUGCGCAGAAAUGGGUUGCUGGUGUGAUGCGUGCGCUGGUACCUGCUUCUAUGGUUGCUACUGGGGAGGCCGAGAAUGAGCAACAGGCACGAGAGAUUGUUGAUGGGUUGGUUGGUGAGUUUGAGGCUCAUUCAAUGGCUGCAUCUACCGAAAUGGACAUCGAAGAAGUCCAACAGCCCACCGGGCGAAGCAAACUCCAGGUUACCGCAAUCAUGGUAGCGCUUUCAUUAUCGAUGUUUAUUGCGGCUCUAGAUCAAACGAUCAUGGCCACGGCGAUUCCUACAAUCGCCGCUUACUUCCACUCCUCAUCAGGCUACACGUGGAUCGGCGGAGCGUAUCUUUUGAGUUCCGCCGCUAGCGCAUGCAUCUGGGCCAAGCUUUCUGAUAUCUGGGGCCGCAAGCCGAUCUUGCUUUUGGCCGUUGGGUGGUUUUUCCUCAGUUCGAUUGUGUGUGCGGCUGCGACUAGUAUGGAGAUGUUGAUUGCGGGUCGUGCGCUGCAGGGUGUCGCUGGUGGUGGGUUGCUUCAGCUGGUGACGAUUAUCAUUUCGGAUUUAUUCAGUGUUAGACACCGCAGUUUGUAUCUUGGCCUGAUGGAAGUCAUGUGGGCUUUUGCUGGUGGUGUUGGUCCGUUGCUUGGCGGCGCGUUCAGUCAGUAUGUCACUUGGAGAUGGACGUACUGGAUCAAUCUGCCCAUUUCUGGGGUGACAUUUGUGUUGCUUUUCUUCUUCUUGGAUGUGCAUAAUCCCCAGACGAAGAUCAUGGAUGGAGUCAAGGCCAUUGACUGGUUUGGCAGUAUCUCUGUUCUGGGACUGACGCUCAUGCUACUAUUGGGAUUGGACUUUGGUGGCGAGACGUUUGCCUGGAAAUCACCGCAAGUUAUUUGCCUGAUUGUCUUUGGAGCUCUGUGCUCCUUGUUGUUCGUCUACAGCGAGAAAAAAUUGGCCAAGUAUCCCUUGAUGCCCAUGGAUAUCUUCGCUCGGUUCUCUAACAUUGCCACCUUGUUGGUUGCAUUUGCACAUGGUUUUGUCUUCAUCGCUGGGGAAUACUACAUCCCGCUCUACCUGCAAUCCGUGCAUGGCUCAUCCCCAAUGGGGUCCGGUGUGCUCAUCCUCCCCCUAGUCGUCAUGGAAGCAUUCUCCGGCAUGUUCACGGGUGCAAUCAUCCACCGCACAGGCCGCUAUCUCGAACUCAUCUGGAUCGGCCUGAUCCUCAUGACCAUCGGAAACGGACUGUACAUCGACCUCGGCGUGGGCUCCUCCGUCGGCAAAAUCGUCGGCUACCAAAUUCUCACCGGUCUCGGCGCCGGAUUCCUCUUCCAAACCCCCAUCAUCGCCAUCCAGGCCAUGGUCUCCCAGGAGGACACUGCCACAGCCACCGCCACCAUCGGGUUCAUCCGCAACAUGGCAACCGCGUCCUCCAUCGUCAUCGGUGGUGUUGUCUUCCAGAACAGCAUGGGCCAGAAGCAGUCCAGCUUGUUGGCUUCCGGCAUGUCGGCUAGCAUGGCGGCUCAGAUGUCUGGGGAUUCCGCUGCUGCGAGUAUCGAGUCGAUUAAAUUCAUUACGGAUCCGGCGCAGCUGCUGGCGGUCAGGGAGGCGUUUGCUUGGAGUUUGAGGAAUAUGUGGAUCUUGUAUACUUGCAUGUCGGCUGUUGGUGUCUUCUUUUCGGCUUUUAUCCCCAAGACAAAGUUGAACACGGAGCAUGUGGAGACUAAGACGGGAUUGAAUGUUGAGAAGACGCCUGUUGUGACUGCUGUUCAUAGCACAUAG